AUGACCCAGCGUGAUCACAUGACCCAGUGUGAUCACAUGACCCAGCGUGAUCACAUGACCCAGCGUGAUCACAUGACCCAGCGUGAUCACAUGACCCAGUGUGAUCACAUGACCCAGCGUGAUCACAUGACCCAGUGUGAUCACAUGACCCAGUGUGAUCACAUGACCCAGUGUGAUCACAUGACCCAGCGUGAUCACAUGACCCAGCGUGAUCACAUGACCCAGCGUGAUCACAUGACCCAGGAGUGUGUGAUCACAUGA